CGCGCGCGCGAUGGGCGGGGUGUGGACGGCGCUGCGAUGGCUGCCCGCGGGUGUCGGACCAGCGAAGCCCCCGGCGCCUCUCAGAGCCCGGCCUCCUGACGCCGCCAGUGGGCGGGGUCGCCCGGGCCGCCGCCACCGCUGUCAUGUAUCCGCCGCCGCCGCCGGCGCCACAUCGGGACUUCAUCUCGGUGACGCUGAGCCUUGGCCAGAGCUACGACGGCAGCAAAAGCUGGCGGCGGCGCUCGUGCUGGAGGAAAUGGAAGCAGCUGUCGAGAUUACAGCGCAACGUGAUCCUUUUCUUCCUCACGUUUCUCGUGCUCUGCGGGCUCCUGUCCUACAUCAGCGUGGCUGACCAGUGGAGAGCCGUGGAUGGCAGGUCGGCGGAAGAGCGGAAGGUGAGACCGGCAGAUCCGCCCGUCUUGCCGGCUCCUCGGAAGGCAGAUGCUAAUCCGGAAAACUCGCCGGGGCUUUUACCCCAGAAGCCUCAGAGGCAUUUCCGACGGGGGCCGCCCAACCUGCAGAUUAGAGCCCCCGACAAAGACUCCAAGGACCGGAGGCAGGAUGACACGAGGCGGAGGGACGAGGUGGUGGGCGACGCUCGUCAGGAAGAGAGCACCCAGAGAACGGUGGUCAGCUGGAGGGGUGCAGUGAUCGAGCCGGAGCAGGGCACCGAACCCCCUUCGAGAAAGGCAGAGGGCCCCCCCACCGAGCCUUCCUCACAGGCCCCCGGGAUUCAGAACCAACCAGCCUCCCCGAACGAGCGUCAGAGGGCCGUGAUAGACGCCUUCCGCCACGCGUGGACCGGCUACCGCAAGUUCGCCUGGGGCCACGACGAGCUGAAACCCGUGUCCAGGUCCUUCAGCGAGUGGUUUGGCCUGGGACUUACGCUGAUUGACGCCCUGGACACCAUGUGGAUUUUGGGUCUGAAAAAAGAGUUUGAAGAAGCCCGCAAGUGGGUGUCUAAGAAGCUCCGGUUUCAGAAAGACGUGGACGUCAACCUGUUCGAGAGCACGAUCCGGAUCCUGGGCGGCCUUCUGAGCGCCUACCACCUGUCCGGGGACGACCUCUUCCUGAGGAAGGCCGAAGACUUUGGGAAUCGGCUGCUGCCUGCGUUCCAGACGCCCUCCAGGAUCCCAUACUCGGACGUGAACAUCGGCACCGGAGCCGCCCACCCGCCCCGCUGGACCUCGGACAGCACGGUGGCCGAGGUCACGAGCAUUCAGCUGGAGUUCCGAGAGCUCUCCCGCCUCACGGGGAGUAAGAAGUUCCAGGAGGCCGCGGAGGAGGUGACGAGGCGUGUGCACUCCCUGUCGGGGAAGAAGGACGGGCUGGUGCCCAUGUUCAUCAACACGCACAGCGGCCUCUUCACUCACGUGGGAGUGUUCACUCUGGGCGCCAGGGCCGACAGCUACUACGAGUACCUGCUGAAGCAGUGGAUCCAGGGCGGAAAGAAGGAGACGCAGUUACUGGAAGACUACCUCGAAGCCGUCGAGGGAAUCAAAAGGCACCUGCUGCGCAGGUCUGAGCCCAGGAAGCUCACCUUUGUGGGGGAGCUGGCCCACGGCCGCUUCAGUGCCAAGAUGGACCACCUGGUGUGCUUCCUGCCAGGGACGCUGGCUCUGGGCGCCCACCACGGCCUGCCCGCCGACCACAUGGAGCUGGCCCGGGCGCUCAUGGACACCUGCUACCAGAUGAACCGCCAGAUGGAGACGGGGCUGAGCCCCGAAAUCGUGCACUUCAACCUGUACCCCCAGAGCGACCGCAAGGACGUGCAGGUCAAGCCGGCCGACAGGCACAACUUGCUGCGGCCCGAGACAGUGGAGAGUCUGUUCUACCUGCAUCGCCUCACGGGAGAGCGCAAGUACCAGGACUGGGGCUGGGAGAUCCUGCAGAGCUUCAACAAGUACACGCGGGUCCCCUCGGGUGGCUAUUCUUCCAUCAGCAACGUCCAGGAUCCCCUCAAUCCCCAGCCCCGGGACAAGAUGGAGAGCUUCUUUCUGGGGGAGACGCUCAAGUACCUGUACCUGCUCUUCUCCGACGACCCGGCCCUGCUCAGCCUGGACGCCUACGUGUUCAACACUGAGGCUCACCCCUUGCCCAUCUGGGCCCCGCCUAGGGUGGGGUGACGCCCCUGUGGGCACUGCCCGGGGGCCUCACACGUCUUGCGUUUGUGGGUACCUGUCCUCGGAACCCUGGCCUUGGGUAGGUUCACUCUCCUGACCUUGGCCGCGGCGUGGUCCCCUCGGCCGACUGUCCGUGCUCCGGGGUCAGGCUGAUGACAUUCCCCGGGGGGUUACCGAGCCUGACAUCUCAGGGCCUCAGAGGUGGUCAGGGCAGCUGGGCGCCCGGUGCUUUGCCGCUGGCUUUGCACUUCUGGCUUGUGGUUCUCAUGACGUCGGAUGGUGUCGUGAGGUCAGCGCUGUGAAUCCCCGAGGCCCCACCUGCUGGGGACCUUCCUGCUUGAAUCAUGACUUACAUUCCUGAUCCCCAAACGUCUUCUGUGUGGCCCCAGUGUCUCUGCUUGUCCCCUGGGGCCGCUCUGGGUCUCCUGGACCCACACAUGUUCUGAGAUGAGCUGAAGGGACAGCCCGACAUGCGGUUCAGCCCGGGCUCUCCGAGUCUGUGAAUGUGCCCUGACCCGGGAGUCCGGGGGGGGGGGGGGGGGGGGGGCACUUGUGACCUCCUGCGAAUCCGGGCACCUGGCCGGCUGUGGUGUUUACAUGUUGGACUCAGGGAUCCUCCCCCGGCCCUGCAGGGGCGGGGAGGGGCGGGUGGACAAGUUCAUCCUGCUCCUGGACCACCCGACAGAACGGACUUUCCAGGCAGCAUAAACGUGGAUUGUUUCCUCUGCUGGUAGGCGGGUCCUUUACUGCGAAACGUCUUUGCGUAGUGUGAGAGAAAGCCAUCGUCGGUUUGGGGCGCUUCUGACUGCAGUGCACAGGGGUGUCCGGUUUCCGGCCCGAUAAUCAUGCCGUCCUCCAUACAUAAGUUAGCACAUGCGCACCUUACCUGUCGUUGCACGAGAUAACGCACCACGGGGGGGAGCGGGAGGUGCGCUUCGCGGCCUGUCCCGAACACCGACCCACAGCAGACAGAGCCAGCGAGCGCCACACCCAAGUCGUGUCAUCAGCUUCUGUGCGUGUCGUGAAAGACAGAAGUUGACAAAAUGCAAAAUCGGACACCUUGGAGAGGUCAGCGUACAGAAAAGAUUUCUGUAGCGAGGCCGAGCGGCAACAUCCACCUCCCGUUCUCCCCAGAAACAAAACGGCAGUAGAACCGUCGCGGUCCGUUUUGACAACAGCCAAUGAACCAUGAGGAAAAAAGGAAGUGCGUCUCCAUGAAAGGAACAAAAUUAGUUGCUAUAAGUGUCGCUAGAGACAGUCCAGCCUUGAGAAUUAUUAGAAAAGGACUAAUAAAACUAAACGUUCUCAACUUGAACACACACAUGGAAGUAGGGGAAAUACUACGAGCACACUGAGAUUACCAGAGAAAUUACCGGAAGGAAUAAUUAUUAAAAAUCAUCUUCCAUUGAAAUGUGCAGCGAUUGAGAGAUUCAUCAGCAGAGUUCAGUAGCCACAGCAGUGAGGAGACCACAGAACGUGAGCCGUGGACAGAGUCCGAGGGACAGGUCCCACCCUCCGCAGGCCCCACAAGUCUGUUAGAGUUGGGGUCUCAGGGGCAAAAGGGGAUUUGAAACAGUGCUGAACGCUUUCCAAAUGUGAUGUUCUAAGAUGUAAAUUACAAGUUCAAGAAGGUCAGACACUUCCUAGUAGAAUCAGCACAAGACGACCUGGGAUAAGUGGUGGGAGAGUCUUGACCGCCGUGAGCGGUGACCUGUGAUGUGCAGACCCAUGGCAAGGCCAGCCGCCCAGUGAGGGAGAAAAAAAGGCCAGAAGAUGGGAAUGGAAUGACGCUUUGAUGAGAGAAGUUGUCACCCCGGAGUUCCAUGUACAGCAAAACUGACUCAGAAAUGGAGGAUUCUAGGUAUUUCCAGGGGAAAGCCGGAUAGCUUGUCGCCAGGCGGCCUGACGUGCAUGAAAUGCUCCAAGGACUCUGGGCAGAACUGCUGCCAGAUGGGAACUCGGGGCUCUGUUAAGACGCGGCUGGGAUGCGUCAAAUCAGUUACGUGUUUGGCUGCCACUCCUGUUUUUAUUCUCCAGGAUUUAAAAGCUGUUUGUGGGAGAUAAUUACAAGUUUAUGUUUUGGGGCCCACGGUGUGCAGCGUGAGUUUUGAGAGUAGCUACAGAAGCAGACUGGUCUGAGCCGUCUCAGAGAUAGGUCGUGUAUGUUAGUGAACAGAGUUGCUGUAUGUGUGGACCAGAUUGUUAGAAAUUCGGGAUGUCACCCAUGAUAGCCACGAUGAAAUUAUCAAAAAGCUACACGUGGGUGGAAAGGAGAAGAGAGUGAGAAUGGUUCGCUAAAGUUUUAAAAAAAAAAAGUCCUCGGAAGAAAUGAGGGACGAAAAAGGAUUAACGUAUAGAAAACACGCACAAAGUGGUAGAAGUCUUAUUGGUAAUUACGUAAAAUAAAAUGGAUGAAACUCUUCGAUCAAAACCAGAGCUUGGCAGAAUGGACUAAAACACAGUGACCCAAGUACGUACUGUCUAGCAGAGACCAUGCUUUCAAAGAUACAAAUAGAUUGAAGGCAAAAGCAUGGGGGGAGACACCCCAUGGAAACAGUGACCCAAAGAGAGCUGGGGUGGCUUUGCGAACGCCAGACGAAAUAGGCUUUAAUUCAAACACGGGGGGUGCCUGGGUGGCUCAGUGGGUCGAGCACCCAACUCUUGAUUUCGUCUCAGGUCACGAUCCCAGGGUCGUGGGGUGGAGUCCUGCAUCGGGCCCCACGCCGAGCAUAGUGCCUGCUGGGAUUCUCUUUCUACCUCUCUGCCCUCUCCGUUGCUUGCACACGGUGUCUUUCAAAAAAAAUUAAAAAACUUUUAAGAGGUCAACGUGGAUGCAGCUUACUUUGUAUUCGGUCAAAACAGGAUUUUUCCAUGGGGAAGAAAAGACAGGGUUACAAAGGAGGUAGAACAGGUACAAAUGCAUCGAACAGCAGAGUCCAAUGAAACAGCCGGGUCUCCAGUGGCAGGUGGAGACUUCGUCAGCCGCCUUCAAGAUGCACAGACCCGCUAGGGGAAGACCAGCGAGGAAACCGAGGACACGAACAGGGCUACAAAGGAGGCAGACCCAACAGAUGAGAGCGCCCCCGACAACAGAGUGUCCCUGCUCCUCAAGGGCACAUGGAGCAUUCUCCAUGGUCUGCAUUAGGCCACAAAACAAGUAUUAAUGCAUUUUGUUUUUGUUUUUGUUUUUUUUGAGAGCAAGCACAAGUUGGGGAGAGGGGCAGAAGGAGAAGGAAAGAAUCUUCAGCAGGGUGCAUGCACAGUGUAGAGCCUGACACUGGGCUCAAUCCCACAACCGUGAGAUCAUGUCCUGAGCUCAAAUAGACACUCAACUGACUGAGCCCCCCAGGUGCCCCUAAAGAUUUUACUUUUAUGUAAACUUUAUACCCCACAUGGGGCUCGAACCCACAACCCCAGGAUCCAGACUUGCACAUUCCAUCAACUGAGUCGGGCACCCCAGUGUAUUUUAAAUGAUUGAAAGGGGGGGGGGGCUGGCUGGCUCAGUCGGUUGAGCGUCCGACUUCAGCUCAGGUCAAGAUCUCGCUGCUCGUGGGUUCGAUCCCCUCAUCGGGCUCUGUGCUGACAGCUCAGAGCCUGGAGCCUGCUUCCGACUCUGUGUCUCCCUCUCUCUCUACCCCUCCCCUACUCAUGCUCUGUCUCCCAAAUAUAAAUAAACACAAUCAAUGGGUCAGUGGAGAAGUCAGAAAGGAAGUUAAACACUUUUGAGACCUAUGAAAUUGAAAGCACAAAGUACACAAUUUAUGGGAUGCAGGGAAGGCUCUGCUCAGAUCAAAAUCCAUAGCUUUGAAUGCCUACAUUAAAAAAAAUUAAAAAUGUACGAGGCGCCCGGCUGGCUUAGUCGGUAGAACACACAGCUCCUUAUCAGGGCCGUGAGUUCGAGCCCUAUGUUGGGUGUAGAGCCUACUCUAAUAAUAUAGAGGCGCCUGGGGGGCUCAGUCUGUUGGGCACCUGGUUUCGGCUCAGGUCACGGUCUUGCGGUUUGUGGGUUCAAGCCCCGCGUCGGGCUCUGUAGUGACAGCUCAGAGCCUGGAGUCUGCUUCAGAUUCUGUGUCUCCUCUCCCUGCCCCUUCCCCGCUCACACUCUGUUUCUCUCUCUCAAAAAAUAAACAUUAAAAAUUUUUAAAAAAUAAAAAAAGGAAGAAAGAUCUCCAGUUAGUAGCUAACUAUGCACCUUGAAGAACUAGGAAAGGAAGAGCAGACUAAACCCAAAGCUUGCAGUGUGAAGGAAAUGUGUAGAAUGGAGAUAAGUAAAAUAGAGAAUAGAAAAACACCAGAGACGGUCCGCACAACCAAAACUUGGUUCUUUGAAAGCAUCAACAACACUGAGUCUCCAAGCUACACUAGCAAGGUGAGUGUCCAGUAGCUAGAGCCGGAAACAGAAGUGGGGGCGUCACCAGGGUCUUACAGAAAAAUUCCGCACCAUCAAGUGUGACGCUCUUUUUAAGAUGGCAAGUUCCCAGACAUGCAAGAAUGACCUAAACUCAAGACGAUCUAUAAAUUUUCGACAGACCUAGAACAAAUAGAUGGAUCCAAUAGUAAACAGAGAGACAACAACAACAAAACCCUCCCAACAGAGAAGCCUGGGGUCAUGUGGCUUCUGGGGAAUUCAGCCAAACAUUUUCAAAGUUGGGGCACUUUGCUGGCUCAGUCUGGAGCGCGCAACUCUUGAUCUUGGGGUUGAGUUCGAGCCCCACAUUGAGUGCAGAGAUCACUUAAA